AUGGCACUCUUUUCUGUAUUUAAAGGCAAUCCAGAACUACCAACAGCAGUUAAUAUAACUUGGUCUUCAAUCAAUUUUAAAACUAUACUACAGUGGCAACCAAAACCAUCAGGUUACUCCUAUACAGUAGAAAUACACGGACAGACAACUGACACCAAAAAAAAAUGCAUAUCGACAGCAGAAACAGAGUGUGAUGUUACUGAUGUGCUCAGGAACGUAAAAGAGACCUAUACAGCACACAUACUGUCUGUAACGUCCUCGGGGAUGGAUAACUUCGAAGAACCACCUUUUGCAGUCUCUGAAAAAUUUACACCUUAUAGCCAGACUGUUCUCGGAAAACCGGAGAUACAGAAUUACACACAGAAAGGUUCCAAACUGAAUGUUGUGUUCCAAGAUCCACUUACACCAUAUACCUUUCCUAAUGGAAGCUUUCGAAGUAUUCGAGAUAUUUUCCAAGAUGACCUGGAAUACAAACUCUAUUACUGGAAAGAUCAAAGUUCUGGAAAGAAAGCUGCAACAACAAAAAGCCAGAAAUUUGAAGUAAGCGUUGACAGCACAAAGAACUAUUGCUUCUACAUACAGGGAGUCAUUCCCUCCCGCAGAGAAAACCGUAACGGUCAAGACAGCAUGGUGCUUUGUACCAGCGUAGGAAGAACCAUCUUAGAUGAAUACGGAGCAGAAGUCUUUAUCAUCGUAGCGGUGAUAGCAAUUGCGAUCAUCACUCUUGCCAUUGUCCUAUCAGUGAUCCUGUGUAAACGCCAGAAAGCAAAAGCUGCAAGAGAAAAGGAACCGCUUAAUGGUGUCUAAGGAAAAAUUAUUGUGGACACUAGUGGCAGUUCCAAAGGAAAAAAAAAAACAACAAACCACAGCAAAAAACAUAAAUUGGGUAAUGGGGUGGAGCCUUUUAGCCUUUCUGACACAGGAAUUCCGAAGCCCAAAAUAUAUCUGGAUUCAAAAAUCCGUUAGACAGUCACAGAUGAAAAAUCCAGGUAUCGGGAAGCCCCUGCGUCACUGGGGGCCAGAGGCUGGGAGAGUGUUCUGGUGAUCUGUUCCAAUAUCCUAACCCUGCUCCUAUACUCUUCCCAAGCUCCUUCUGUUGUCCUGUCUGAAACAGGAUUCUGAACUAGAUGGCCCUUUGACUCGACCAGGUACAGCCAUUCUGAAAGUAUGGCCUUACUGAGCCAGAAGAUUUAUGGUACUUGUGAGGGGAAAAAAACACUACUCUUGACAAAUAUGUGUCCUUUACCUAAGUGAAAGGAACAUCUUUCUGUUUCUGUGAAACAAAACCUGUAUUUAUCUGACUUCCUUUUAACAUUACUAACUGGUGAAAUGAUCUGUUAGUUCAGACGUGACAAAGAUGCUACUAUUAUUUCUGCACUUCUUGGAUAAAAUUAACUCGGUCUGUUUCUCUUCGGAUACAGACAGUUAAAGGCAAACAAACUGAAACUACUGUACCGGCGACUUGUAAGGAACACUCUUGAAGUAGGUAGCUGC